UGGGAUGUUAGUGCCUUCGUAACAUAAGAUCAUGUUUGGAAGACGGAUCCCCUUUAAUCAGAUUGCGUUUGCUACUCUGGUUGGAGUGGUGGGAGGUGUGUAUAUCUACAGGCCUAUGUUUGAGGCACACAGAAAACCUCUAUCUGCACCAGAUCAAGACCUCAAGUCUGACCCAGCAGAGCAGAGAGCGGAAACUACCCAACAAGAACAACAAGAUGCAUCUGCAGCCCAAGACGGAGUCUGAAUGUGCCUCGGUGUUACAUGCUUCUUAUUCCCAUGCACUUUGUGAAUGGUGUAACUUAGAUAUACUUAAUAAGUAGCACUGCAAAUAAACUACAAGAUUCUACACCAUUCGAUUCAUUUAUUUAAAAAAAAAAACAAAUAUAACAAUUCAAAAUUAACAUAAAAAUC